AACUGACAACUAACCACAGAAAUAACGCGUCAGAAUUGCCGCAUCAAAUGUGAAAUGGGCUUAUCUUUUAACCAUGAAGAAAGGUAAAUAAACGUCAAAUUUUGUUGGUCUAGAAAUGUGUUCUGUAAUGGAUGGAUGGUGGUAUUUGUAAAAACUGUGAUCAGUGAUGGUGUCUUAGUGUUUUUAGGCAUUGAAGAAACUUUUUUUUACAAAAUUAUGGACUGUUUUAACGACUUUCAACUCGAAACAUUAUGAUUUUCAGGCUCUAUGACCGCAGACGAAAAAUCAAAUUUCGUACUGUCGGUUUGGACUCAUAAUUGGCAAUCAUUAUAUUUGCAUAUCCCAAGACCAUUAUAUAAAUAAUAUAAAUCAUCACGGAAGAAACAAUGGCUCAAGUAGUUAGCCAAAAGCGCGGCAGAGGCACCAGCACUGGUGAGACCUCGACCGCCUCAUCAAGCUCCACAAACCAACUAUCUGCCUUAAACACCGCUCCAGGAACCCUCACAGAUGAGCUAGCCGCGCUGUUUGAGUGUCCAGUAUGUUUCGAAGUAGUUUUACCUCCUAUUAUGCAAUGCCAAGUGGGUCAUCUGGUCUGUGCCAGUUGUCGACCAAAAUUGUCUUGUUGUCCUACUUGUCGUGGUACCUUAGGUAAUAUACGGAAUUUGGCUAUGGAAAAAGUGGCUAAUAAUCUAAUGUUUCCUUGUAAACACAAAUCCACAGGAUGUAGAAUGUCCCUAGGUCUUAACGAGAAGGCAGAACAUGAGGAAAUCUGCGAAUUUCGUCCCUAUAGUUGUCCUUGUCCCGGUGCUUCAUGCUCUUGGCAGGGCCAACUAGAUAAAGUAAUGGUGCAUCUUCAGCAUGCUCACAAAAACAUAACUACACUUAAUGGUGAAGACAUUGUCUUUUUAGCUACAGAAAUAAAUUUAGCUGGUGCUGUGGAUUGGGUCAUGAUGCAGAGCUGCUUUGGCCAUCAUUUUAUGUUGGUUUUAGAGAAACAAGAAAAGAAUGAUGGACACACACAAUUCUUUGCUAUUGUUCAACUUAUCGGAUCGCGGAAACAGGCCGAGCAUUUUGCUUAUAGGUUGGAGCUUAAUGGGAAUAGAAGGCGGUUGAUUUGGGAGGCUGUGCCCAGAUCUAGCCAUGAAGGUGUAGCGUCAGCAAUUAUGGGCAGUGAUUGUCUGGUUUUUGAUAAUUCCAUUGCACAACAUUUUGCAGAUAAUGGAAAUUUAGGUAUCAACGUUACCAUUUCUUCAGUUAGUCCAAUGAAAAAUCAAGCACUCUGUCUGUUUCAUUAGCUUUUUGCAUUCGCGAGUUUGCUGGACCUGCAAAAAGCUGACUGUUUUGUAUCGUCUUUUGUUGUUUCUUAAAUUUGAAGCAUUCUUUGCCUCGAUAGUUAUAUGUGGGGUGUUAGUGAUAGCAACUGCAUAAUUUUAAAAUGUGAUUAAAAAAAGCUUCAUAUAAAUUAUUAUGCCCUAAAGUUUAAGGUUUUAUUUUAUAUUUAUUUUAUAUAUAUUUUAAAUUUAUUAAUUUUUGGGUAAGUUUUGUUUAGUAACUUCCAUGUUAAAAAAAAAAUAUUGACUUUAGGAUAAAAAUAUAUAACGCUUAUUUUUUUGGUUCAUUUUUGUUUCUUAAUGAUCUGUUAAAAAUUAUGCUGGUGUUAUUACUGUAUACAUCAUGUAUAGUGUCUCGAAAUCAUGGUACAUCAUUUAAUGUCUUUAUUUUAUAAACAGGUAUGAUAUUUCAGAAGUGAUGGUGUGGCUAAAAACUUCUUUCUGACGAG